AUGUUCUCCGACGCCCUGCUCUGUCUCAAACAAAACCAACUCGCUGGUGUUGUCUCUUCCUCCCUCAUUGCCACCUGUGGCCUCAUCCCCCUCACCAUCUUGAGUGUUAUACCUGAUAUCAUGCAGCAUUACUAUGACUGCAUCGUACUGGCUCAGCACAAAUUAUCUCCAAAAAUCUGCCAUUUGUCAGGCCCUCAUCAAGAUUUCAAAUUGUGUUGA